AUGGCUGCCUCUUUUCUUCUUCUUCUUCUUCUACACACUUCCUCCCUUUUCUCCUUUUCCUCUUCUCUCUCCCGUGAAACCGUCCUCGACGCUGCCGACAUUCUCUCCGAUUCAGGCUACACCUCCAUGUCUCUCACUCUCCAAGCCCUUUAUCAAACUCUUCUUUCGCAAACUCCUUCUCUCACCAUCUUCGCUCCAUCGGAUUCUUCUUUUACAAAAUCGGGUCAACCUUCUCUUGAUCUCCUCCGUUUCCACUUAUCCCCUCUGCCGUUGCCGCCUCAGAACCUCCGAUUGCUCCCCGCUGGCUCCGAGAUCCCGACCCUGCUGAAUAACCACACUCUCAUCGUCACUGAGUCACAUUCCGAUUUCGAGAUUUCGCUUAACUACGUCCGAGUCAUUGGUUCGUCGCCUAUUUAUGAGGAUGGGCUUUUCCUGAUCUACGGAAUCGACAGUUUCUUUGAUCCCGAUUUUCGGUAUACUCCAGCAUCUCAGGAACCUAGCCCUAAUCCAAUUUGUGGGUUGCAGAGACAGACUAUGAGUUCCUCCGAUUCGUUCAGUCAAGCCAUCGAAACACUUCGAUCCACAGGGUACUAUGUGACGGCGUCGUUUCUUGGUUUGCAAAUGAAUGGAAUCAGCAACGAGGCUGCAAUGACCGUCUUUGCUCCUGAAGAUGAAAUGGCGAAGAAUCUUCUUGCGAAUUUCAGCGAGUAUCCAUCGUUCUUUCUUCGUCAUGUUGUACCAUGUAAGCUUCUCUGGAAUGAUCUGGCGGACUUGAACAGCGGGUCGAACUUACCCACUAUGUUGGAGGGUUUUUCUAUUAACGUCGCGAGGUCUGGUGGUGUUUUGGCGCUGAACGGAGUCUCAGUUGUCUUUCCGAAUAUAUUUCACAGCGAUAAGCUUGUUGUUCAUGGCGUAAGUGAUGCUCUUGUGGCGCAUUAAAAGUUGAAGAAGCUUCCUCUGAUGUGAUAGGCAAAGC